GAGCACAGGACUAGUGAUCACAACAUGGACUAGAAGCUGCAAUUUUCCUACAUUGAUGAUGAUUAUGCAGCAUGUUGGAAGAUCACAGAUGCUGCUAUAGAUCUGCAUGCUGUAGCUAAAUGAUGCAAGAGCCGGUUUGUGAUUAUCCUCUGAAACAGGAUAAAGAAACCUACACAGCAGAACAUCUUCUCAAUAAGGAGAUUGAACUACAUGUAGAAAAUGUGGAUUUGUCAGAAAACAGUGACUCAGAAAAUGACAUCUUCAUACCCUGGGAAACAGAGGUGGUAUCAAUUUGCACAGACAGAAAGAGGCCUCCAACUGACUCUGUCCAAAGAAGAGGUUUCAGCGAGUCUUCAUUUCUACUGAAAUUUCCAUUUAAAGAGUAUGAUGGAUGCUACAAUGCACCUUUCCAGUUUGACAGACAUGCUUUGGGAAGGAUUUCCACCUCCCCAACUCUCAGAAGACUAAGAAAUAGUGUGUCCUCUGCCUCCCAAGUGCAGUCGCUUCAGGACUGCUUUGAUGAUGCUAAGUUGGGAUGCCAGAAAGAGCACAGUGGUUCUUUUCAUGUUUGUAAAAACCCACCUCAGUGUAUUAAGCCUGCCUCCUCCUCAUUGUCACUAGUCUCCUGCCUUCAUGCAAAACUACUGUCCUCCAAAGAAAAUGCUGAAACUACAUUAGCUGCUUUAGAGUCAGCCGGCCCAAAAUCACAGCUGCCCCAUCACAAAGAUAAUCUCAGCAAUGGUGGUUCUGACCAAACAAUGCAGAACAGUGGGAAGAUCAGCUCUGCUACCCUGCCUAGAGAAGAACACACAUCUCAGCCAAGCACUCCUCAUCAGGAAUAUGUUCAGGAAAGGGAACUACUUACAUCAAGAUCAGCAGAGCGCAGGCGCAGCUCCAUCGUAGUAAGUCUACCAGGACUUGAAGUGUUCCCUGGAGACCUCCUGGUUUCAGACAGUGCUGUUGACUACCUGCACCACUCAGCAUUGCUGCCAAAUGCAGAGUCGAAAAAGUCAAGAUGGCCAUUCAUCAAGAAAGGAGCUAGUAAAGACAAAAAACAAAUGUCUGACCUGGAAAACUGUCUUUCAACCAUUAAAAUUACAGACUCCAGUGGUUAUGAGUUUUGCAGCUUUAAGAAUAAAACUUGGCAUGAAUUUGUAGAGAAUCAAUGGACUGAACAGAAAGAUACUGAUGAUUGUUUAGAACUGAAGAAACAAGCGGCUGUGUGGGAACUCUUUACAAGCGAAUGCACUUACUUUUUGGACCACUUGCUGGUUCUCAAGAUGAUAUUUAUGAAUUCUUUAAAAUACCUGCAAAGCAAUGAGUUCUUCUUAGAAGUGGAUUUGCGGAGACUUUUUGGAAAUCUGGAGGAGUUAAGCCAGGUGAGUCUCAGUUUUGUGACAAGUUUUUUCCAAAUCAUUAAGGAUUAUAUCAACAAAUCUGAAUCCUCCCUGGAUUUCAUCUCCAUGCUCACAAAGUAUUUCCAUGGCAACCUCUGUCAAACCCACCAGAUUUAUUGCCUUAAUUACACCUCAGCUGUCUUUUACUUGGAGAACCUGAGACAGAGAGAAGAUUUUGGAAUGUACCUGAAAUGGUGCGAACAACAUGAACAGUGCAAACGGCUACAUUUGACAGAACUGCUAGUUGCUCCUUUACAUCGACUGACCCGAUAUCCCCUCCUCCUCAACAACAUCUGGAAAAGAAGUAAUGACUCAACAGAGAAAGUCACCAUCUGUUCUAUUAAGGAAAAGGUGGAAAAGUCCAUACGGGAUCUUGAAGGUAAAGUAAAGUGGUUGGACAAUUUUCAGAAAUGCAGACAGCUGCAGGAGGUGAUCAUUUGGCCUCAACUUUGGGAUCGUGACAAAAGGUUCUUUGUUCCAGAGUGUUUGAAACAUACUUUGAGAGAUAACCUAAGUGAAAACAUCCUGUCUUCCACAAACAGGCAUCUUCUUCAUGAAGGGAAGUUAGCUCUAGCAGAAAGUACAAGGUUCCUUGAUGUCUACCUCUUCCUUUUUGAUGACUUCCUGUUAAUUACCAAAAUGAAACGUAACAAAAAGAAAUAUGGGGGUUCAGAUACAGGUCUGAUACCUGUCUGCCCUUCCCUUACACUGGAAUUGCAAUUAUUCAUAAAAGAAGGUGGGUUUUGCAUUGUCCUAGAUCAGCCCAUUCCACUAGACAGAUUGGUUCUAAAGAAUAUUGACCCUUUCCAUGUAACAGUCUUUGGCCUGCGGCAUGCUUUUUUAAUACAGCAUGAAAAUAGAUACCAGCAAUGUAUAGCAGUCUUUUUACUACAAGCACAGACAGAGACUGUCAAGAAAACAUGGAUGUCACAGAUAAAAACUGCAGUCUCCAAUUAUGCCAAGACGCAUGAAACUAAGAAAAGCUCCAUUUUUUCUUCGCCAGCUGAAUCCUCUGAAAUUUAAAUUGGACAAAUCCUAAAUUGACAGAUCCAGUUUGAGAAAAUCGAACUGGUGGUAACAAAGUUAUUUCUUUUCAUUUUAGUUUAUUAAAAAAUGGGCAUGAACUUGACUAGUUGGGGCUCAGGGUGGGGACUUUUGGCCACAGGAGAAAGGAAUGAAACAAAGAUUAAAGAGAGGCAGUACCAGAAAAAGCUCAAGGGUACUUCCAGCUCUGAGGAAACUUCUGGGCUAGGGACAGAAGUUAUACAUAAACCAGGUUAAGUGAUCAGAAACUGGUUUAAACCUGUAACAGAACAGAAGUUCAGUGCACAUAAACCAGUUUCAAAAAGGCUGAAACUGGUUUAAGGUAAAUCUAGUUGAAUGCACUAUCAGACUUAACUGAUUUGGGUCAAACUGGUUUAUGAAACUUCUGUCCCAAACCCCUUCCUGGUUCAACCCCCUGCUGGGGUGUGGGGCCAGGGAUGGGGGUGUUAAACUUCCCUUCCCCUGAGCAUGGAGCUGCCCUGACCUGCUGACUGCGACUGUGGACUACAAACCCAGAGGCAACUGGAAGCAGAAAGAGGAAGUGAUGAGCAACCCUGCAGAGCCCUGCUGCUGCGAUUGUGGACUGCAAAUCCCAGAUACCUCAGGGCAGCAGGAAAAGGAAGUGAGCAUACAGCCCAUGCUGGCUACCUACCACAGAGCCAUGCUGUAGCACCUCUGGCUUCUGGCAUGAGUCAUUGCAGGCAUAUGGCUGCAUUUCCCGAAUCAAAAGUGAAUGUCUGUUCAUUUGCUUAUUGGUUCAAACUUUGCAGCUUAGACUAACCUGCAAAGACUGAAUCAAAUCAGCCUUGGGCUUUUUGACUGUCUGUACUAAGCCCCAGUAGCAGAGGUGCUGCAGUGCUGUUACCACCCCACAGAGAACAACAAAGAGAAAGGCAUCUUGAAGAAUGUGACUAAGAAAGAAAGUCAAGAAGGAAUAUUUCUGAGUUUACUUCCCCUGUCCUAAUAAGUUCCAUGGCAUUGAAGUUUUAAGGAUCUCUAGCUGUGGUUGAAUUCAUGUAUAGGCUUUCCUAGCUAGUAACUAGUGCAUCACAAGUAUUACUUGUAUAAAUACUUUACUUAUAGGGGCAGAUUUGUAAAAGGUAGAAAUGGUCCCAAAUUCCCAUAGAUUUUCAGUGGGAGAUGGGCCCCUUACUGCCUUUUGUGCCUUUGAAAAAUCUCCUCACAUCCCAGAUAACUUGUGUGAGAGUGAACUACAAAAUGUUACAAUGUACAUAAACAGAACGAAAAACCUCUUGUCCUGUGGAUAUUUUAUUUGAAGAAAGAAUAAAAUGCUAGUGUUUCAUUUCUGA